AUGGGCCAAUGCCGACUGAUCCGUGAUUGGCUCUGCCAUGAUGUUGUGAAACCGGAUGUGAGAGUGAAAGAAGCGAAUGUGAGACAGCUACCGCCGCUACCGCAGCUACAGCAGCUAUCGCAGCCUCAGCCGCAGCAGCCAUCGCAGCGCCGACAGCAGCAGCUAUCGCAGCCUCAGCCGCAGCAGCCAUCGCAGCCUAGACAGCAGCAGCCAUCGCAGCCUCAACAGCAGCAGCCAUCACAGCCUCAGCCGCCGCAGCCAUCGCAGCCAUCGCGGCCUCAGCAGCAGCGGCCAGCGCAGCAGAGAGGAGCCUCGCUGAUCCAGCGUCUACGCCAGCAGCUCCUGCGCCGCCGCCGACUACAAGCUGCGACUCCCAGGAUCCGACCAGUGGAGGCUACAGGAUUGCUCCGUCGCCCAUCGAGACGGCAACACCAGCUGGGCAACGCGCCGCAGUCUCCGCCCGGGUCGCCGACACUGCCGACGGCUCAGCAGAGACCAGAGUCGACCUCCGUGCGGAAGGUGACCCUCCAGCUUGCUGCCUGGAAGCUACACCGGCUGGACAUACCGCCGCCUGCCAGGACUAGGCCACCGAGGUACUGCCUACACCCAUGGGACCUGCGAGUGCGCCGGUACACCUCACCACGAUAUCUGCAGGCGCCUCCGCCAGCGAGACAGCCGGAGCCGUCCUCUGGAUCGAAGUGGGAGACCACUAACCAACCCGGAGACGAGAACGCAAACUACUGGGGCCCGGAAAAGAGGACCGCGACGCAGCCUGCGCUCACUUACUGCGAGCGAGUAAUUGAGAAGCGUCGUACCACCAAGUGGACUCAUACGCAGCCACUGCUCACCUACAAGGAGCGAAGUCCCUCUAAGUGA